CUGAACCAACAGUGUUUGUAAGAGGCUCCACCUGAAGCGACCUGCUGCUGACACCCUGAUGCGUCACUGUUAAUAAUCUCAUGAUGUCAUUUAUAAUCAUGCAUCAGCCACAUGGACCAGACCUUUACUUUAAGACUUUAACUACGGACUGCUACUCAUACGUAUGUACUUUUAAGUUGGCCUUUCAUGGAGCACUUUCACUUGUAAUGGAGUAUUUGACUACAUUUGCGCUUUCAGUCAAGUAUGUUUUCCACUAGUGCGUUAAAAACACUUUUAAAAAAAAAGAGAGAGAGAAAAAAACACGCUUGUUUCUCACGAUUAGUCCAUUUCAGCUCUUUUCCAGGGAAUUUGGCUCCAAGCAUUUUGAAACCAGUUGGACCAAACUUUUAAUUUCUGUUUGACAGUUUAAAAAAAAAAAAAAAGGAAAAGCUGAUGUGAAUCCUCGAUGAGCAGCAGAGCCGUGAUGUUAUCUCAAAGUUCGAGGGGGGAAUUGCUCACCUGUGAGUCAGGUAGUCUGCUGUGGGCUCUGGGAGGCUCCACCUCCUUCGGAUGUGCAGCUCUCGCUCUGUUUUGUCGGUGCGUCUCGCUCCCUCUCCACACUGUGCCGAGCUGCCACGACGCAGAGCGCAGACCGGAGGACUGACCGACACACGGCCUUGACCGGGUCUCUCCUACAAAGUUUUCUCACCAUGAGUGUCGUGGCUUCAGAGAGCGUGUUUUUGUCUGCUUUACAGCCCAACACUUCGGUCACCACCUACGCCCUCCCGUCGGACAACCAGCUCGGGAAUGGAGGCUUCGUGUCGGACGAAGUGGCGAGAGCGCGGCGCGUCCAGCAGCAGGUCCAGCUGAGGAUGGCGGAGAAGUCCACACUUCCGCGUCAGAAUGGGUCCUCCACGCAAUACGCCAUGUCAGAGUAUGGUGGUACGUCGACCACGAAAUACAACACCUUUACCCCAAAUUACACCUCUAAAUCCCAAUUCAUGUACACUGGCUCCAAAACCAUGACUCCACGUGUUUCCCAGAGAUCAGGCUUCAGCGCCCAGUCUGCUGGCGCAGAGCUGGCCCAGUAUCCCAGGAUGAGCAUGGGGGGUGCCGUGGCCAGUGGUGGUGGCGGCGGUGGCUUUUAUCAAGAGGACAUACAUAUGGGCAACUACCAAGGGAGCAUGAGAACGCAGAGCCGAAUGGAACCAGAAACCUUCUCUGUGCAUUCAAUGCGACAGCAGACAGCGCAGGUGAACCCUUGGAUAGUCGAUGGCAGUGAUGCUGCCAGCAUGGUCUCCGACCGGGACGCCGGCUUCAGCCGCCAGUAUGCUCACAGCGUCGCCAACGGCUACAGCACCCAGGUGAGGCAAGGAAACACCAUGACCUUUCAGUCACCUAUGCGCCGAUCUCUGAGCGGCACUCUUUCCCGUGGUGGAGGCAUGCCAAUGGGAGGCAUGGAGGUCGUCCAGCAACAGUCCUUCAAAGGCCCGGCCCACCGCACCAUCAACAGGAUUACAAACCGAAACCGGAUGAGCAUGGGCUCCAUGUCUGGGACCAUGCAGACGCCGCAGAUGUCCUCCAGUGGGAGCACCUAUGGAGGAGACAGAGGGUUCAUUGUGUCCUCCGGCUCCCAGGGGAACCUACUAAUGCAGCGCCCUGGCACCCUGUCCCGGGCCAUGUCAAUCAAAAGCAUGCACAGUGUUGGUAGGGGCAUGGACAUCUAUGACGGGCAGAUGGAGAUGGGAGCCAGCAUGGGCAACCUUAGCGGGAUCAACUCCUUGGACAUGGCCACGGCAGUGCAAAACCUGAGAGAGCUCGACCCUGACCUGCAGGUCCUGGGUGCCGCCUACAUUCAGCAUCAGUGCUACAAUGACAGCGAGGCCAAAGAAGAGGUGCGUCGCCUGAAUGGAAUCGGCGACCUGGUGAAGCUGUUCAACAGCGACAACCAGGAGGUGCGGAGGUAUGUCACCGGUGCUACACGCAACCUCAUCUACGAGAACAAAGAAAACAAGACGGCCCUCAUCGAAGAGGGCGGCAUCACAGAGCUGGUUAGGGCGCUCAGCGAGCCGGAUGAUGAGCUCCACAAAAACAUCACAGGUAUCCUGUGGAAUCUUUCAUCCAAAGACAACCUGAAGGAGAAACUGGCCAGGGAGGCACUUCCUGAGCUUACUGAUAAGAUCCUCGUCCCCCUGUCCGGCAGAGAGUUGGACGAUAUGGAGAAGAUUGUUGACGAAGAGUCCAAGAAUAACUCGCAGUCCCCCUCUCAGGCAGAAAUCUUCUGUAACACCACAGGGUGCCUCAGGAAUCUGAGCUCUGUGAGCGACAAGACCCGUCACAUGAUGAGAGAAAAAACAGGGCUGGUGAGCUCCUUGGUCAACUACAUCAGGGCCUCCCUCGAAAAGAACAAGGCAGAAGACAAGGGGGUGGAGAAUGCAAUGUGUGUCUUGAGGAACCUCUCCUACCAGCUCUACAAUGAACUUCCUCCAUCCGUUGCAUUACGCCUGGAUGGAAACAGCAGAGCCGACGGCACAAAGAAGGGUGACAGCGUGGGCUGCUUCCCGUCUCGGAGCAGAAACGCCAAAAAUAGCCAGACCCACUUCACUUUCUCUGAAGUUGCUCGGCAGCCAAAGGGCAUGGAGUGGCUGUGGCACCCUCAGAUUGUGGGAAUAUACAAGCAAGUGCUGCAAACAUGCGAGACUAAACACGUGACCCGCGAGGCGGCGGCUGGAGCUCUGCAGAACAUCACAGCUGGAGACAAGAGGUGGGCUUCAGCGCUGAGCUGGGUGGCUCUGGAGCAGGAACGGAUACUGCCGGUGGUGCUUGACCUCCUAAAGACCAAAAAUGAUCUGGAGCUGCGCUCUCUCACGGGCUUCCUCCGAAAUCUGUCCCGCCACGCCAGCAAUAAGGAUGAAAUGGCCACAAAGAUGGUGAACCAGCUGGUGGAGAAGUUGCCCGAAGACGGACACCAGAAGGAUCCGUCCAGCGAGGUGGUGGUCAACAUCUGUGGUGUUCUCAACAACCUGGUGACCGGCAGCUCUCUGGCCGCCAGAGACAUCUGCUUCUUUGACGGCAUCCCCAAACUGAUUGGCAUCAAGACCUCACAUGAAAGCGGUCCUGGGAAGGUGAAAGCAGCCAAAGCAGCAGCCACAGUUCUCACCAACAUGUUCCAUUACAAGAAACUGCAAAAACAGUACAAACAGAAAGGGUUUUUGAAAGAGGACUUUAUAGACCUUACAAUCUAAAGCAAAGGUAAUGUUUCACAUGUUCACGGCCACAUCAGUGAACACUCCUGAACUCCACCGCCACUCUGGGAGAAAUCUUUCUACUCUUCAGAGAUAACAUCGGCUCAGUCUUUAUCUACCAUACUUUGUGAUAAGAACAUGAACAUGCGUGUUGGAGGAUCUAACUAAUGGAAAAAGGAUUUCUUGUGUUUUUAAAACUUGAUGGACAUCAGCACAGUGCAAGAUUUGUGGAUCCAGGACGAUUAAUGGACUCUUGAUGGAAACGUGUGCACCUUAACCAUUUACUCUCUUUGUUUGAACACUGUAUGUCUGUUUAGUGUGUAAUCAGGGAUUUCUUUUCUGUCAGAGCAGCAUGUAUUUCCAUGAAACGGCUGUUGAAACAGUUUUAACAUUGUUAAAACAUGUUGUACUCAUGUGCCUUACCUUCUGUCAUUUACCGGUUGAAUGCAACACGUGGUACUAACAGGACUUUUUUUUGUAAAUAGUGCCUUUUUCUUUUACACAAAAAUUUGAUAAAAUGUUUUAUAUACUGCAGUGCUAUGUUUUUGUAGUUUUCAGAUAGAUAUCUGUUUAUAAGAGUCAGAAUUAUAAGGUUGUUAUAUUUGAAUGUAAACCAGAGAUUUAUAGAAAUUUGGAUGUAAAUAAAUUUGCUUUAGGGGAUUAUGAUGCAGCCACACUUUUGUAUUUACUAAUGCGCUUUUUAAAAUUGCAAAAUCUCAGUUUUGUCAUAUCAAACGGCAUCAUUUGUAAUCGCUUGGUUUGAUUGUGUGUGUAAAACGCAGGGGUGAAAUGACACUGUCCUAACUUUGUUGCAGAACAAAUAAAAAAAAAACAUUUUAGUAUUUGGUCUUUUUGUGUUUAUGAUUUGCAAAUUGCUAAGUUGAACACGUUUCAGAACUGGACCCGGUAAACAGCAGAGAUUUAUUUGUGUAAUAAAUUAGGCUUAUUCUUAAAAAAAAUAAAAAUUCAUGCUUUGAGACAAUUACUGCUCUGUAGCACUAAUAGUGACCUUGUGUUUUUCUGUGUGGGUAUUUAAAGACACUGGCAGUUUUUUUUUUGUUUUGUUUUUGCCUUUAUGUUGUAUACAGGCAGAUGUAAAAUAUUUUAAAGCUAAUAAAGAGACACAUUUGGAAAUAA